AGCACUGUAAAUUGUCCCUAGGUGUGAGUGUGACCGUGGAUGGUUGUUCGUCUCUGUGUUGUUCGUCUCAGGGUCACAACUGGGCAUUUCACACGUUACCUAAAAUGAGCCUUUGAAAAUUAUUAUGAUUUUUUUUUUUAAUCACUCCCUUCGAGCGCAGCCUCAAAUGUUGCCAUGUUCUCCUUCCAAACAGCCUUCUUUCUCUUGUAUUUUUAGAAAUGUUGUCAAAUGUUUUCCUUUCAUUGUCAAAAUGAGACGGUCAUUUGGGGGCAUCGACUGCAUAACCGGGGGAAGUUACUGGCAAUCAUGUGGAGGUUUGCCAACCUUUGGCGGCAGACUUUGACACCAGCGCGUCACGUUGUGCUAUAAGUGCUGGCCGACGAGCUCGGACACAGCAGAUCUCAAAAUGGAGUGGGGCGCUUGUUUCAUGGGGUUUCUGUGUUUGGUGGCCGUUGAGCCCUUGCAACAGUUCGACAGCAAAACAAAUGGGUUCUGCGACAGGGACAUAUUUAACGACCGAGAGGGGUACCUGUCCAGCCCGGGAUACCCCCAGCACCCCCCAACCCACGCCGUGUCCUGCCGUUACAACAUCUCAGUGCAAUCCGGCUACUCCAUCUCUCUCAACUUCUCGGAUGAGUUCCACAUCGAGAGCGCGGUGCCGCAGCAUGACGCGAUCUGUCCUUAUCACUGGCUUCGGGUGACCAUCCCGGGCCGUGAGCCCAUGAAGCUGUGCGGCGACAGGAGCCCCGGGGUGAUUGACACCAACUCCAGCAGGGUCACCCUGGACUACCACAUGGACGGCAAAGGCCUGAGUCGAGGCUGGAGCCUGCACUUCAGCACGCGCAAAGUCCAAUGUCCGCAUCCAGGCAGGGUCGCUAACGGCAGAGGGCCCUCCGCGGUGGCAGAAUUCUUCUAUGGGGAUCGUAUUUUCGUGCGAUGUCACCACGGACACAAACUGAUGAUGGGUGGUCAACUGCUGGAGAGUUUCUCAACUACGUGCCAAGAGAACGGACAGUGGCGUGAUCGCCUGCCGGACUGCAAAAAAUUCCGCUGUGGGGAACCCCAAACAUUGCAAAAUGGAUGGAUGACGUACUUGUCUGGUGCUCCGAAUGAAUACCUGUCAGUGAUCCAGUAUGGCUGUGAUCCUGCGUACUCUCUCCAAGGUCACGACAACGUGACGUUCACUUGUGAAGCAGGCGGACAAUGGAUAUCCAACACGGCAAAUGUUCAAACCCCUUUCUGCACACCAGUCUGUGGGCAGCUGGAUACUCACGUUCCAAAUGAAGACAACGUGACUCUCAAAGGCGGCUUCCCGUGGCAAGCGUUCCUGGCAUUUGAAAGCUUAACAGCGAGUGCCACAGUCAUUGGCGACCGCUGGCUCUUGACUGCAGCGCACGUAGCCACUGAAUUUAGAGGAAAGCCAGAUGAGGUGCAGAUAGUAGUGGGAGUGCUCAACGUUCCCAGGCACAGCUUCAUGACUGCGUCCGCGGCUUCAGUUCACGUCCACCCUGAUUUCCGCUACAACCGUUACCACAACUUGAAUGUGGACAACGACAUCGCCUUGAUCAAACUGAGAGAACCGCUCACCUUCAAUGAAAUCGUCAGGCCUCUCUGCUUGCCGACCGUUGAAACCCUACACAACAAUGGCACAGUGGGAAAAGUUCUGAACCAAGGCUUAUUCGUGUAUCUAUCAAUGUCCGAUCCACAAGAUCAGUUGGACAUAAACUGGACCGUGCUUGACGACAACACGUGCCACAUGUUCCGCGACAAACUCAUCCUCAGGUUACACGGAGACGUGCCACCACUGCCAAACAGCAUGUUCUGUGCCCGACACCCUAAACUUUCGGAUCUCAUGUGCGACGGUGUCAGUGGCACGCCCUUCACCGUGAAGUACAAUAGCGCCAUUUCUCUUGCCCUCCUUAUUGACCAGGUGGAGAUAGUAGUGGGAGUGCUCGACUUUCCCAGGCACAGCCACAUGACUGCGUCCGCGGCUUCAGUUCACGUCCACCCUGAUUUCCGCUACAACCCCUACCACAACUUGAACGUGAGCUGA